AUGAUGGCUACCAACGAGCUCGAAUCGGUUCCCCCAGUACUGUUCAAAGAGACCUUCUCGCAUAUACCGACCUCGUCGGACGAUCUCUCGGACGACAUCGACGAGUUCGAUGACUCCCGACUACCGCCAGUUGACGGAGGAUACCAAGCAUGGCUGUUUCUAGCGGCUUGUUUCAUGGUAGAAGGUAUAGAUUCGCACAAUCGUUCGGGGUCUUUGAGAACUAUUAUCGAACUCAUGAGCCAUUUUCGGACUCGACUGAGAUUGCGUCCAUUGGGACCUGCGCAAUGGUCAGAUAGAUAUUCCUCCGGCCUGGCCUACCUGCCCACACCCAUCGUCAUCGCCAUCAUGUUUGCAUUCCCCCGGGCCCGGCGCUGGUUCUCGACCGCGGGAUUCGUCAUCAUGUGUCUGGCCCUGGGUCUGAGUUCGUUCUCGACAAGCGUCACCCACUUGAUCAUGUCGCAGGGAGUGGCAUACGGCAUUGGAGGAUGCCUAGCCUACACGCCGUCCAUCCUCUUCCUAUCCGACUGGUUCGUGGAGAAGAAAGGCCUCGCCUUCGGCAUCGUCUGGAGUGGCUCCGGCCUAACAGGCAUCAUCUUCCCGCUCAUCCUCCAAACGCUCCUCAACCAGUACGGCUGGCAAACGACCCUCCGCGCCUGCUCCAUCGCGCUCUUCCUCCUCGCCGCCCCCUUCAUGACCUUCCACAAGCCGCGUGUCCCCAUCCGCCACUCGCACCUCCGCCAGCUCAGCCUCCGCUUCCUCUGGGACAAAGUCUACCUGAUCUACCAGCUCGGCAACACAAUGCAAGCCAUCGGCUUCUGGAUCCCGUCCAUCUUUCUGACCUCGUACGCCCGCACCCUCGGCGCAAGCGACUUCCUCGCCUCCCUCACCGUCACCCUCUUCAACCUCAUGACCGUCUUCGGCUGCAUCUUCACCGGCUACCUCGCUGACCGACACCACGUCACGAAGUGCAUCUUGCUCUCGUCCGCCGGGGCCGUGGCGUCUGUUUUCCUGCUGUGGGGGUUGGCGAACCACAUCGCGACGCUCUAUGCCUUCUGCAUUGUGUAUGGAUUCUUUGCCGGGGGGUACUCGUCCUCCUGGUCGGCGCUGUCCCACGAGGUGCAGAAGAGUGAGCGCUCGGCGCAUGUGAGCAUGGUGUUUGCGUUUCUGGAGACGGGGCGCGGAGUCGGGAAUGUGAUCAGUGGGCCGCUGAGCGAGGCGCUGCUGAAGGUUGGAGGGUGGAAGGCCGGGGCGUUUGGGGCGUAUGGGUCCGAGUAUGGGGUGUUGGUGGUGUUGACGGGGGUGACGGCGUUUCUGGGGGGGUUUGCGUCCAUGGCGAGAAUGUUUCGAUGGAUUUGA